CUGAGCUUAUCAAGGCUGUGAUAACGAAGUAAUCGCUAUAUAAUCCCAGCAAAUAUUAUGUUUAAGACAAGUAUGUGGUAAUCUACCUUUCUAGUGAUUAGCUGAUAGCAAUAGGUGGCUGUCUGUGACAGUGUUUACCUGCCUGCAACACCACACGGAAAAGCGAUAAUCUCACACGCACAAAGAUGAACGGUCACUUGGCGCCAGAAAAGGAGAAGGCUGAUUCCACAUCUUACCUCUCAAACUCGAAGGCUAAGCUCGCACACACGCUGGAGGAUGGCCCCGAGACCCCAUACGAACCCGGGGAACACAGGGACUUCCCACACGCAUUGGGGACUCCAGGAGCGCUGUUUCACAUGAUCAAGGGCAGUCUGGGAUCAGGGAUCCUGUCCAUGCCAGUGGCCUUCAAGAAUGGUGGACUCUGGGUCAGCUUGGUCGGUGCCCUCUUCAUCGGAGUGAUCUGCACCCACUGCGUCCAUCUUCUGGUGCUGUCCUCACAAACACUGUCCAAAAAGAUGAGACAACCGAGUUUAGACUAUGCUGGAACAGCUGAGGCAGCCUUCGUUACAGGACCUGCCAAGCUGCGAAAAUACUCAGUUAUCGUAAGAGAAUUUGUUGACAGCGCUUUGAUGAUAACCUACUACUUCGGCACUACGGUGUACAUUGUGUUUAUAGCCUCCACUACAAAACAGAUAGUCGAAUCCCAUUGGAAUGUGGACAUCAAUCCACGACUCUAUGUGCUUAUGACAGCUCUGGUAAUAGUUCCUGUCGGCAGCAUCAGAAGACUCAAGUUCCUAGUGCCUUUCUCCUUCGUAGCCAUCAUAUUCCUGUUCAUCGGUUGUACCUUCGUCCUCUACGAGGUGUUCUCAGACCUGCCUCCCUUCACGUCUAGACCUGCAUUCACUAGUAUCCAAAGACUGCCCUUGUUCUACGCCACUGUCUUGUUUGCCUUGGAGGGGAUCGGCACUGUUCUGCCUAUUGAGAACGUCAUGAAGAAGCCUCAACACUUCCUGGGUUGUCCAGGAGUGCUAAAUGUCGCUAUGACCGUGUUGGUCUUCAUCUACACCAUCAUGGGGUUCUUUGGGUACCUGAAAUACGGCGAGGAGACAGCGGGCAGCAUCAGCCUUAAUCUCAAUUCCUCGGUGAUCGGAGAAGUGGUGAAGGUGCUGGUAGCUCUCAACGUGCUCUGCUCGUACGGACUCUGCUUUUGCGUCCCUAGCGAGAUCGUGUGGAGGAAGCUGAACCCACGUGUCCGGGAAGAGAACAAGACCAGAGCCUACUACACCAUGAGGAUACUCAUGAUUCUCAGCGCAGUGGUGGUCGCCUGUGCGCUUCCUGACCUUGAGCCUUUCGUUGGUCUCUGCGGGGCUAUCUGCUACUCCACCCUGGGCCUUCUCUUCCCCUCGGUCAUCGACCUCGUCACCUUCUGGGAGGAUAAAGAAUACAUGGGUCCUGGACGAUGGAAGCUGUACAAGAACGUCUUCCUGAUGCUGAUGUGGCUUAUAGCGCUGACGGCCGGGACACAGGCCAGCGUAGCCAAGAUUGUGGAGACCUACGCGUGAUCCCGGCCAGCCUGUGAUAGCUGUUAUCAGCUGCUUCUAUUACCUGUCACUCGCCGCCGUUGGAUUUCGGCAAAUCGACAACUUCAAGGUAGAGGGCGAAGGGAGAUACGAACAUCUCCCAGAAGAUCUUCGUUAUUUGUUCAUAUAGAUCUUUUAUAGUAUAUGUUUUCACUGUACUGUUUACUUUAUUUUAUAAGUAUAAAAUGUCGAAAUAAAAUAGGCCAAUCAAUAAACUAUAUAUUCAAAAUCAUCAAGGUAUAAGUAACUGUUUGGAAAUAUACGAGGCGCGGCUAUUUGAAAUCGAGACUUUUUGUAAAAAGUUAAAUUGGUGAAGUGUUAUGCUACCUCCUAUUUCUUACCGUCAACGUUUUUUCCUCCCCACUCAGUAUACCGCCGCAUUCGUAUUUUACACUGGUUAAUGCAGUACUGGAAACAAGGACGUAGCCAGCGAAGGGGUCCAAGAGGUUUGAACCCCCCCCCCCCAAUGUUCAAUAACCUUUUUAGUAAAUGAUUAUUAUUAUUUAAAUAAUUCAGUAUUACUGACAUGUAGUGCUGAAAGAUCGCUCUCGGCAAAGAAACGGGUCAAGAAAAUGCUAAGGCACAAACUAGGGCCUUACUUUCUGUCCACUACGGAAAAAUAUCAAUUGUUUGGAUCUCCCCCCCCCCCAAAAAAAAAGUGUUUCCUGGCUCGUUCUAGGCUAGAAACAGUUGAAUCUUUUGAGAGCGCAAUCAAAAACGAGUGCCGCAUUCUGUUUCACCUGCAGCAGUUUGAAAAUGAGUUCCCUUCAGUUGAAUUUUGAUCUUGGGGAUCAAAAGUUACAAGGUGCUAAAUCAGGAGAAUAGGCUGGAUGUUGGAACACUGGGAUUUUCUUAUCAGCAAAACCUGCUGAAUGGAUAAAGCGUUAGGGACUGGUGCAUUGUCUUGGUGCAGAAUUCUCGAGUUGUAUUUUCCAAAGUUCCGAAAGUUUUUUUUAAAUUCAAACAUCAUUAGCUCGGAUAUGUUAUCGAAAAUCUUUUCUCAUGAUUUGAUUCACUCUUUGGCUGUUCUCGUAGUUGAAGUGCAAACGCGACCGGGAUAUUCGUCAUUUUUCACCUCUUCUCGGCCUUAACGAAACCAUUUAUGUCACUGAAAAACAUGGACCCGCGACAUUGUGGAGUCACCUACUAUGUAACAGUUCAUCCAACACUCAGUAGUAAAUUUUUGAAGUGUAACCAGAAACGUAAUCGCAACACGUUGCUCAAUAUUUGCACUGAUCAUUUUCCCAGUAAGCGAUUUUUACUCUAUGCACUUUAAAUGCCAGUUUUUAUCAGACUAUAGAACUGAGAGAUUUUAUUUUGAUACCCACGGACUUACAAAGUAUCUAAGGAGAUAAUCAGUGUCCUAAUUACCCACUUAUCAGCACGAUUUUCAAAUAGCCAAACCUCGUAUUGUUUUCAUAAUAUGCAUUUUAUGUGUUUGACAAAACGUUUUGUAUUUUAUAAAGUAACACUUGUGCUGUAAAGACUUACUUUAGUAACAUGGAAUUUACAAAAAAGUCAUAUUCGAGUUAAAUUCAUUUAGUAAUUGAUUUACAAUAAUACUUUACUUUACGAUUUUCAGUUAUAACCUGUAUUAACUGAAUUACAUUCUUGUUAAUCAUUGAUACUAAGCUUUCAUUUAAGAGAUCUCCACAUUGUUGCCAACACUCCACCUAAAACAUUGUAGUUUUGAAUUCUAUUUAAAUAAACAAAAUUGUAUAUUUUAUUAAAGUAAUAUAGCUUAUCGACAGCUAAAACGACUUCCUAAUAGGUAGGAAAUCAAUUUAAUAAUUUUAGAUAGUAUAUUUUAUAAGAUAAAGUUCAAGUUACAGAUAUAUGUAGUAAUUUGACUCGUUAUUCCUUGUAUCGUGUAGAGAUUUCAAUUAUGUUUUCUGGUAACUUACAUUUAUACAGACUACCAAUAAAGAUCUCAUUACCAGUUGGUUACUCUAGGGGAAAAAUAUAUGAAGUUAACUAGGAAUGAAUAAAGAUUUCCUAGAAACAUAAAAUAGGUAUAAAUGGGAUAAUCAAUUGAUGUUUACAUUAAUAUUAAAUCGAUGUGUUUAAGAUGUAUGUGAAUAUAUUGUUAUCCCGCACAGUGCAGGCUUAUUAAUCAAGUAGGCCUAUAAAUGUAAACCGAAUAAUUGUCUUGACGAGCUUAAUAUUCGGCUCCUUUAUAAAACUAAUCCUUUAAAUGCAAAUAUGGAACAAAUUACUUUUUUACAUUUUUCAUAAUAAUUCGGAACCAAAUCUCAAUAUGUUUGGUUGUUUGUUGUUGUUUUGAUCAUUUAUAAGAGUGAUAAAUUAUCUUCUAAAAACUCAUCUAUGUCUAUCAUUCCAAAACAGGUGUUUUAUAAUGAAGGAAUAUGUUUUUGCAGAUGUAAAUAAAACCAUUUCUAUUCAAAA